CCCGCGCGCCUUGUCUGCACCGCGCGAGCUGUCAAACCGCCUCCGACGGGCACCCCGCUCGAACGCACCUAUAUUGGCCGAACUCGCGAUCGGUUUCUUGUUCACAGUGUGUGAUUCGUAAUACUCGCAUGACGAAUAACAAAUUAAGGAGAUGAACGGCAGUGCAACGACGGUGAAUGGUGGCGCCGUCAAUGGCACCAAUGGAUCUCUCAAUGGAAUCGGAGCCGCUCCUCGUACAGCGACUCUUGGGACUCCGAGUAGCUAUGCGUAUACGUCCAGCGGCUCGCUACUUGGCAGAGGAGGUUCCGCUAGGCCCGUGCCACCGCCGACAUUGCCAAAAUAUAGUGGAUCGUUCAGUGCUGGAAGCACGUUAAGCUCGACCGGGUUGAGGGAGAGGGACAGAGAGGGUACUGGUGGAUCACAUCGACUAGCAAGCUUGGAAAGACUAGCGCUUCGACAGCGCAUUAUAGAACAAAAUGCAAAUAAUCAGGUGGCGAGCACUUUAGCGCCGAAUACUGCAGCGACGAAUGGUGGACCUACCUCAGCCACCGUUACCCUUACCGAUACAGCCACCUUGCAAAGUAAACGCGAGCUGUUCUUCAAGUCGGAAUCGGUGAGCAGCGGCGGAGUGAGCGCAACGGGGCUGCCGAACGUUGCGCCGCCUGCUCCGCCGCUUGCGCCUUCCUCUAUCAAGGACGCGCUCGCGAAGCGUGCUGCGACGCUACCGGAGCCCCAAGAGAACAACCAUUUGGAGGCGAAUGGGACUGCUCCUCCCAAUAAAUUGAGUUCCAGUGCAUCGGUGGACGUUGGGAAGAGUGCACCACCACAGAUGCCAGCGCCGCCGGUACCAACCUCCGCGCCGCCACCAGCACCACUCAGAAGUACAGAAAACAUUAUAAAGAAACCAGAUCAUCCACCAGUUGCACCUAAACCGGACAUACCUAAGAUAGAAAAGCCUAAGACCAAAGAAUUAGAUGGAUAUGUCGGAUUCGCAAAUCUACCCAAUCAAGUGUACAGAAAGGCUGUUAAAAAGGGAUUCGAAUUCACAUUGAUGGUUGUCGGUGAGACCGGUUUGGGCAAGUCGACAUUAAUCAAUUCGUUGUUUUUGACCGAUGUGUACGAUAAGGACAAGCACCCCGGGCCUUCGCUGCGGGUCAAGAAGACGGUCGGCGUCGAAACCAGUGUUGUGCUCCUUAAAGAAAAUGGAGUUAACCUAACACUGACUAUCGUGGACACACCUGGGUUUGGAGACGCUGUUGAUAACAGCAAUUGCUGGCAACCCAUUAUCGAUUUCGUGGAGUCUAAAUACGAGGAGUUCUUGAACGCCGAGUCGCGGGUGACCCGCCAGGCGGCACCCCCAGACACGCGCGUCCAUUGCUGCCUGUACUUCAUCGCGCCCAGCGGCCACGGGCUCAAACCGCUCGAUGUAGAGUUCAUGCAGCGCCUCGGCGAUAAGGUCAACAUCAUACCCGUCAUUGCGAAGGCGGACACUAUGACGCCGGAGGAAUGCAAGGAUUUCAAAGAACAGAUAAUGAAAGAGAUCGGCCAGCACAAGAUCAAGAUCUACGACUUCCCGGAGAGCACGGGCGAGGAGGGCGAGGCGGCGGACGCGACGAAGGCGCUGCGCGCGCGCGUGCCCUACGCGGUCGUCGGCGCCAACACCGUCAUCGAGCAGGACGGCCGCCGCGUGCGCGGCCGCAAGUACCCCUGGGGGAUCGCCGAGGUUGAGAACCUCGAACACUGCGACUUCCUGGCGCUGAGGAACAUGGUGAUACGAACUCACCUCCAGGACCUGAAGGACGUGACCAGCUCGGUUCAUUACGAGAACUACAGGUGUCGCAAGCUCGCUGGCCUCUCGCAUGACGGCAUCCCGCACAGAAUCAACUCGAACAAGAAUCCAUUAGCUCAAAUGGAAGAGGAAAAGAGAGAACAUGACCUCAAGAUGAAGAAAAUGGAGAGUGAAAUGGAACAGGUGUUCGACUUGAAAGUGCGCGAGAAGCGCGCCAAGCUGAAAGAGUCGGAGGCGGAGCUGGCGCGGCGGCACGAGGCGACGCGGCGCGCGCUCGAGGCGCAGGCGCGCGAGCUGGAGGAGCGCCAGCGCGCGCUGCACGCCGAGCAGGCCGCCUGGGAGCGGGAGACCGGCCUCUCGCUCGACGACCUGCGCCGCCGCUCGCUCGAGGCGAACAGCAAGGAGACGGUGGACGGCAAGGAUAAAAAGGAUAAGAAAAAGAAAGGUAAAUAUUCGACAUAUCGUAAUGUGUUGAAGAAAUAUACCUUGUAACUUGUAACAUGAAAUUGCUAUAUCGUAUGGCGUUUCGUGCCAUUAACUUUAAAAGUGCCAUUUCAGGAAAAUAACGGAGGAUUCUUUUGGUUUCUUGCUAAUACUGUAUGUAUUAUUUUUUCUACUUUUUGUAUGUAUUGGUGUUACAAUGAUGUGUUUCUUUUAUGUAAAAAAACCUUUAACCACUAACAAAAAAAUUGAUCUCCGUUUUGUGAUGUAAAUAUAUAUGUUGCAUAACAUUUAUACAAGGUUUGGGGACAUAGAUGUAAUAUUGCGUUUUGAAAUUAAAAUCGGGAUUAACUUUGUACUCGUGUAUAAAUGAACUCAUUGCAAUUGUUUGCAUUUUGCAAGUUGCGUAAAUUAUUUUCCUUCUAAUUAUAUUCCAUUCGUUUAUAGUUAUGUAUUUAUUGUUUAUAUGACUUUCAGAUUGGUCAUUUAAGAAUGUCACAAGCGGAAUAGCCCUAUAAUGACUGAAUGUCACGGAGUGUGGCGCGAUUAGUAUUACGUUCCCUAUAAUAACGAUCGAACAACGAUUACAAAAGACUACAAUGAAUUUAUCAAUGUAAUGAUCCAUCGUCAGUUAAGUAAUUAUAAUACAGGAUUGUUUGACUUUCUCGUAAUACAUUUUCCAUGACAAAGCAUUUAUUUCGAUAAAGGCCUAAUUUUGUAUAAUUUUUAUUUUUAAUGUUUUUUUAUCUACUGUUGGUAAUGAAAACCUCUUAUGUCAUCGAUAUAUAUUUUUAAGCACAACAUUUUUGGCUUUUAAUUCGACAAAUACGUCCGCCAAGUUGCCAAAGUAGUGUAUGAUUAGGAAAAUGAUAAUUAUACAGCAUUUUACCACCCGACGUCUGUAAAACGUGUUUUAUAAAAAUCGCUCAACAUCGGAAACUACUGUUUUUUAAUUUCUCCUCGCGUAGUUAUUAAACGCUAGUGUCUCAAAUUUUAAAAGUUAAUUUCUUACGUAAACUAUAAGGAUUCACGAUUUAGUAGUGAUUUGAACAAUUUAUACUAGGAACACAAUUCUAAAUUUUGAAGUGGAUUUAGAUAUUUUUUAUAUCUUUACUAAAUUAUUCAUUAAGCUUAAUCGAGACAGCAAUUUUCGUGGUGUGUUGAGUGGCACGACGUUUGAUUACACAUCGGUAUAUUGUGCUUAGUGAUAUUCAAGUAUGCUCAUAGUUCAGUUGUGAAAUAGCCUCUAGCUUUAGCUAGGAUAUAGAAUUUCUUUAUAUUACGUAAUACGUUAGGUGAAUGUGUGAGAACCGCUGGCCAACGAUAGGGUUAUCGGACCGAAUCCAAACAAACUGCCUUCAGUUAUUCCUAUUGUAACAAAUACAGAUAUUCUAUACUGUUGUGAAUGAUACGUAAUUUAUGUUAUUCCAUAUUAGCCUCUUAGACUAUAAUCUAUAUUAUUGACUUUUCCUGUAAAUAUUUCGUUUAGACUUUACAUGACAAAGGUAUAUUCAAGUUGCUCUUAAUCACGUUACUUUUGUGAAAUUGCAUAAUCUUUAUUUAAUCUAUAGCAUGGUUAAAUGUUUGUAUUUCAAACACCACAGUAUUGACUUCCGCGUUGAAAUUAGUAUCGUAGAUGUAAGUGUAAUGCUUAAUUUUUAUAUUUUGUGUAGGGUCGCGACCCAAUUUACCGCAUAGAUCAUUUGCACAGUCAUAACAAGGGAUGUGAUGUAAGUUGGAAAGCGAUGACGUUCAGACGAUGUAAUAUAUUGUACCUUUGAAUAAAUAUAAAUAAAUACGUAAUAUAUAGGAA